AUGGCGUCUACUGGACACAGAGGAGACAGCGAGAAGAGAGAAGAUGAGAAGAGGAAGAGGGAGGAAGACUGCGAAGACGGAUCCAAGGAGAUGAAGAAGAGGAGAGAAGAUGACAGGAUAUUGGAGGAUGAGGAGCCAAGGGCUGGAGGCAGCCAGGACCCUGUGCUCCUGGCAUCAGUCCCCCGCCGGAACACCUAUGUGGCUAUCAAAAGUAUUAGAAAAACAGGGGACAAUGCAGUAGCUUUAAGGAGAGAGCGACGGAUACUCCUGGAGGCCCGAGACUGCCCAUUCCUAUGCCAUCUCUAUGCCGCACAUCAGUCUCAGGAGCGGGCCUAUUUCAUCACAGAGUAUCUGUCCGGCAGCAGCCUGGAGGCUUUAAUCAAAAUGUGCGGCUACUUGGACAUCAACAAUGUAAGAUUCUACACAGCAGAGAUUGUAUGUGGCCUCCAGUUCCUCCAUGGACACAACAUCGUCCACCGAGACAUAAAGCCAGAGAACAUCAUGCUGGAUAAAGAUGGACACAUCCGCAUCAUAGACCUAGGGCUGGCCCAAGAUGGUGUCACCUCCUCCAAUAAGACCAGUGGAGUGACGGGUACACACUGUUUUAUGGCCCCUGAGGUAUUUGUCGGAAUGGAGUAUUACACAGCAGUUGACUGGUGGAGCCUGGGGAUUGUAGUGUCCAGGAUGUCAUCAGGACGCUCCCCAUUUUACUAUGGCCCCAUCAGGAAAGAGGCGUACAAAUCCAUCACCAGAGCCAAGCCAUACAUCCCAUCUUGGCUGGACGCCGACGUGCAACAUCUUAUUAAAAAACUGCUGCGUAAAAACCCUGACAAGCGGCUGGGUGUCUAUAAGAACAUCAGACACCAUCCAUUCUUUAACAGCAUUGUCUGGGAGGAACUGGAGGAGAGGAGAGCACAGCCGCCAUGUAUACCAUUCAGGGCAGCUCUGGAGAACAAAUAUCUGCAGUGGCCGAAGGAUACAACACCACUUCACCCCGUGGCUGGAUUCUCCUAUGUGUCACCAAGCUUGGCCCGGUAA